AUGGGUAAAAGAAGGAAUUUCAAGAAAAAUGGUAAGAAAACGUUCGGGGCUCGUGACGAUUCGAGAGCCCAGAAGAAUUGGUCUGAUUUAGUAAAGGAAAAUGAAAACUGGGAGAAGUAUUAUAGAGAUCUGGCACUCUUCCCAAGUGAGCAGUGGGAUGAAUUCAAGAAGACCUGUCAAGCACCAUUACCGCUGACUUUCCGUAUCACUGGCUCAAGGGCACACGCUCAGGAGAUCUUGGAAAUGUUCAAAGAAAGACACCUACCAAAUCUAACAAAUGUCGAAUUUGAAAAUGAAAUUUUAAAGGCACCAAUGGAACUACCGUGGUAUCCUGAUCAUUUGGCUUGGCAAUUGGACGUUCCAAAGACGGUUAUAAGGAAAAAUGAACAGUUCGCGAAAACUCAAAGAUUUUUAGUUGUUGAAAAUGCAGUAGGCAAUAUUUCGAGACAAGAAGCAGUCUCUAUGAUUCCGCCAAUUGUGCUGGAAGUUGAGCCUCAUCAUACAGUACUGGAUAUGUGUGCAGCUCCGGGUUCUAAAACGGCCCAAAUGAUUGAAGCACUUCAUAAGAAUAUAGAUGAGCCAACCGGGUUUAUUGUUGCUAAUGAUGCUGAUUCAAAAAGAUCUCAUAUGUUAGUACAUCAAUUAAAAAGAUUAAAUAGUGCAAAUUUGAUGGUUGUCAAUCAUGAUGCACAAUUUUUCCCAAGGAUCAAAAUCGGUAGUAAUAAUGGUACGAAUAAUUUCUUAAAAUUUGAUAGAAUCCUUUGUGAUGUCCCUUGUUCAGGUGAUGGUACCAUGAGAAAAAAUGUCAACGUUUGGAAGAAUUGGACUCCACAAGGUGCCCUUGGUUUACAUACCGUCCAGUUGAAUAUUUUACUCAGAGGUUUGAAUCUUUUGCAAUCUGGUGGUAGAUUAGUUUACUCAACUUGUUCAAUGAAUCCAAUUGAAAAUGAAGCGGUGGUUGCUGAAGCAUUGAGAAGAUGGGGUGAUAAAGUCAAAUUGGUUAAUUGUGACGAAAAACUAUCUGGUUUAAUUAGGUCACAGGGGAUUUCUAGUUGGCCUGUAAUUGAUAGAACAAUGACUGCAAAGACAAAAGAGGAUGAAUCUGUUGUUAAAAGCUGGUUCCCACCAACGGAAGAAGAAUCAAAAAAUUUCCAGCUGCAGAAUUGCAUUAGAGUUUAUCCACAUCAACAAAAUACUGGUGGCUUCUUCAUUACAGUUUUUGAAAAAUUAGAAGAAAAAAUAAGCAGCAGUGCUAAUGAAGAACCUCAACCAAAACGUGUUAAGUUAGAAAUCAAUGAAACAGGUGCCUCAGCGGAAAAGAAAGAAAGAUUACCCCGUGAUGCAAAUGAAGAGCCGUUUGUAUUCAUAGAUCCGCAACAUGAAGCAUUAAAAACAUGUUGGGGCUUUUAUGGUAUCGAUGACAAAUUUGAUAAAGAUACUUGUUUGGUGCGUAACGCUACCGGUGAACCAACAAGAGUUGUAUAUACAGUUAGCCCAUCAUUAAAGGAGAUCAUAAAAGCCAAUGAAGAUAGACUAAAGAUAAUUUAUUCCGGUGUGAAAUUAUUUGUUUCUCAAAGAAGUGAUAUCGAAUGUUCAUGGAGAAUUCAAAGUGAAGCGUUACCAAUAAUGAAACAUCAUAUGUCUUCAAAUAGAAUUGUCGAUACAAAUUUGGAUUUAUUGAAACUAUUGCUCGUCGAAUCUUUCCCAUCCUUUGAUUCCAUUAAAUCUCAAGGUAUUGAUGAUCAAUUUGUUAGUCAAAUGAUAGAAUUGAGUUCAGGUUGUGCAUUUAUUAGUGUGAAUAGAAAAGCUGAAGACAAAGAAAACUUAUUUUUACCUGUAUGGAAGGGUAGUAGGUGUGUUAAUUUGAUGGUUUGUAAAGAGGACACACAUGAAUUACUCUAUAGAAUUUUCAACAUUGAAUCUUCUGCAAAGGAUAAAUCAAAAGAUAAUGUCGAAAAGAAAGAUUCUAAAGAAGAAGCCCAAGAAGAAGAGAAAGAAGACAACGAAAAUGUGAAAUAA